AUCUUUGGUCAGUUAGUCAGUCAGUUUUCAUUUAAGGUUUGCCAAUUCACGUUCUGUUAACGCAUCGUUCGCUCGACACUCUUUCAUAAUCACAACAAAUCGGUUUCGAUUUCACUUGAGAACGCGCGCGUGUGUGUGUGCCACUUUUUGGAUUAUACCUCACUCUUAUUUGGAUAUAACUGUGCAAGUGUUUUUUGUGUAUUUACUAUGACGUUCCAGUAUACCUGAAGUGUGAAAUGUUACUCGAAAUGGAGAACCACUCCACGUUGUUGUCUUUGAACAUGUCCCCAUUUAACGCGAACUCGAGUGAUUCCCAAAUGAACCCCCAAGUUUCCAGCCCUUUACCACCGCAAUAUAACUCACCCCCCGUAUCAACCCCUUACAGUAGUUGCCAACAAAUGGGCAUGCAUCAUCACCAACAAUCUAUGAUGAUGUCUCAGUCUAUGAAUAAUAUUGACACCUCUUAUUUGUUUUCUUCAGGAGUCAACACACUAUCUGGGAUUGAUAUGGGUGCUGGGUAUCAGAUAGCGGGUGCAGCUACUUCAAUUACCGGUGUUGGAGACAUUUCUGAUACCAAGGAUGGUAUCGAGGAACUGUGUCCUGUGUGUGGAGACAAAGUUUCGGGAUAUCACUACGGGCUGCUCACAUGUGAAUCAUGCAAAGGAUUUUUCAAAAGAACCGUUCAAAAUAAGAAAGUAUAUACGUGUGUCGCGGAAAGGAGUUGUCACAUUGACAAAACGCAAAGGAAACGAUGCCCAUUCUGCAGAUUUCAGAAAUGUCUCGAAGUUGGUAUGAAAUUAGAAGCUGUGAGGGCGGAUAGAAUGAGGGGAGGUCGAAACAAAUUUGGUCCGAUGUAUAAACGAGAUCGAGCACGGAAGUUGCAAAUAAUGCGACAGCGACAGUUGGCGGCGCAAACAUUAAGAGGCGGACUCGGCAAUGAGAUGUACUCAGGUCAACCUGGUACUUCACCUUUCGCAAAUAUUCACAUCAAGCAAGAAAUUCAAAUACCUCAAGUAUCGUCUCUCACUUCCUCGCCUGAUUCGUCGCCGAGUCCCAUAGCGGUCGCUUUGGGCCAGGUAAAUACAACAAUGCUACAGCCAGCUUCGAACCAGCAGCCAGCUCUUCAGAUAGUCGGCGUACCUGGAGGUCAUUCCUCCAUGGUUAUGGGGCCUGAGAACAAACUCUGGGCUCAAGCCAACUCUACCACCACAUCACCUCAUUCCCUUAGUCCAAAAGUGUUCCAAUUCGAUUCUUUAGUGACGGGAGGUAGUGUUCCAUCCUCAAAAGUGUCGCCGCUCAUUAGAAACUUUGUGGCAGCCAUAGACGAUCGCGAAUGGCAAAAUUCUUUGUACACUCUAUUACAAAACCAGACGUACAAUCAGUGUGAAGUGGACUUAUUUGAACUCAUGUGUAAAGUUUUGGACCAAAAUCUCUUUUCGCAAGUAGAUUGGGCGAGGAAUUCCAUAUUCUUUAAAGAUCUCAAGGUGGACGACCAGAUGAAAUUACUACAGCAUUCUUGGUCGGAUAUGUUAGUGUUGGAUCAUAUUCAUCAACGCAUGCACAACAACCUGCCCGAUGAGACAACCCUCCAUAAUGGACAAAAGUUAGACCUUCUCAAUUUGGGAUUGCUCGGCGUACCCAGUCUGGCCGAUCAUUUCAAUGACAUCACCGCGAAGUUACAAGAACUAAAAUUCGACAUUAGCGAUUAUAUAUGUAUAAAGUUUAUGCUCUUACUUAAUCCAGAUGUUCGAGGGAUUACGAAUAGAAAACACGUUCAAGAAGGUUAUGAACAAGUCCAGCAAGCUUUACUCGAAUAUACAGUGACAUGUUACCCACAAAUCCAAGAUAAAUUUACCAAGAUGCAACAACUUUUGCCCGAAAUUCACACCUUAGCAGCGCGAGGAGAAGAACACCUUUACCACAAGCACUGCUCUGGCAGCGCUCCCACGCAAACUCUCCUUAUGGAAAUGCUUCACGCCAAGAGGAAAUAACGGCUGCCGUCCUCCCCAUCUUCACGUUACCAUAUCUGUGUGCAAUACCGGCUUACACUCUGUAUAUAGGUUACUGGAAAUCUCAUUAAAUAGUGGACUAGUAGAAAUAAAUUUUAUGAAGGAAAGCUCCAGUUCUUCUCCAUACGGAUUAUUCUAGCCUUAAGCUAGAUUGGAGAAAAACCAACCUUCGAAUUUUUAGCUGUUUGAUUUCGGGACAAUUCUUAUAAUUCUGUGAAUUGAAUAUAUUGUUUAAAAUAGUUUCAAAGUCUUUAAAAGGUUGGUUGAUAAACUUCUGUGGUAAUAUCGAAUAUUAUACACGAAGAACUUGGAUAAUACUACUCAUGCUGUUUAUGCUUUCCUUUAUUUAUGUACUUGAUAUUAUUUCUACUAGUUUAUAAAUAUUGUUGACAUUGAUGCCUUUUCGAAGUACAAAGAGCAAACCACAUAUUUUUCUAAUAAGGUAGACCUCAGGCCACAGCACCAAGCUCUGAACAUUUUUCGUUGUUUUUUUUUUAUUUAUGUUAAUGUUGAAGUUUUGGAUUUUUUUUAUAAAAUACAUUCCACGAGGGUGUGUUCCCGAGGGAUACAAGGGCAUCCUAUAAUUUUAGGCUAGGAAGUCUUUAUAGCUUUUUUUCGAAUGUCGAGUGAAUGAGACUGUUGAACGUGCACAGCACUAAACAAUGUGUUAACAGUAGUACGUGUAGCUUAACCGUGGUGAUGGACUAACAGCUCUGGGCGAUGGGGGAUUCACUGUAAAAAAUGUCAGAAUUUCUUUGAAAAUUAACAAAUUUUUAUGGAAAAAGCCAUUAGCUGGAGUUAUUCUAUUACAAAUAUUAUAGUGUGAUUCUGUUGUGAGGAUUGUACUAAGGAAUAUCUUCUAUACACUCUUAUCCAUCAAGACUUCAUAUCUAAAAACACUAUUAUUCAUUUAUCAGAUACUGACUUCAGUAUAUAAAAUUUGUAAUUUCAUUGAUAUUUUUACUUGUUCGGUCUAAAGUUGAUUAGCUUUUUUAAAAUUUGUAGACCAAAAUAGAUUUUUAAACAAUUUGGUGUAUGUUCUUACAUUUCUGAGAUUUUCUUUGAAUCUUAAUGGGAAAUUUGUGAUAUUUCAAUUUUAUGUAGUUUUAUAUAUUUUCAAGAAAAUAUUCCACAAUUUCCACAUAUCAUAAUUCAAAGUACCUUGGCAAAUUUGUCAUUUACUUUGUUGAUUUUCAAAUAUUUUGAUUUUUCUUCCAGGUAAUACUAUUUUAUGAACCAUUGUCUGAGUAAAACUAACAGCUCUGUAAUAUUAUUUGUAAUUAUUAGAUGUAUUGUAAACUUUAUUAUUAGUUAUUAAGUUUAACUAUAUUAUAUAUUAUGUUAUUAUUAUAUAUAUUAUAAAUAUAUAUAUUAUGAAUGUUAAAAUGAUAAUCAAUAAAAGUAAGAGCAGGGUACUGUGGUCUAAAAUUUUUGUGUUAAUUAUCAAAAUGGUGUAAGAGUAACUCAACAACACUAAAAACAAAUAACAGUUAUUUCACAAAAUACUGCUGCAAGAAUAUUUAACUUAAAUCGCAUUAGUUGUUAUGGAUAAGUUUCGAAAAUUCAAAUGUUAUGUAUAAUUUAUUUAGGAACAAAUAUAAUUUUUAUAUAAAUAUUGAUUGAAUUUGAACAUUAUAAUUAUUUUAGUAUUAUAGUUAUUUUAGAAUAGUUUUUGGCAGGGACAGAACACUUUGAGGAAGUUUCAGUAAUUUGUAGGCCAAACUACACACUACAAUUUAGUCCUAUGUAGAAAAAUGCAAAAAAAUGGAAUGUUAUUAAUUGAAAUAGAAGAAGUGUUUCUUUUUGCCAUAUCCAUAAUAUUGUUGUUUUUCCAGAAAUUAUUUCCAAAUAUUCACUUAUUGUUUUUCUUUUGUUCUUUAGUCUAUCAUUCCUGUUCCAAAAUUUGAUUAUUUUCUCAAAUUUUUAUUCAGUAUUUGUCGUUAAUGUCAAUUGUGUGUUUCUUUAAAUGAAUCAUGUGAUUCAGAUUUAUUACACUACCAUCAUCGGUUAUUUCUACACAUCCAUCUUUAUUGUCAAUAUCAAUAACCAUGGGAAUCAUCUUUAUACAUUAUCAUUAACCUGAAAUAAUUAGAUUUCAUUUUUAGAUUAAAAGGUUAUCGUCAAUAAUAACAGUUCUAUUCUGAGUGGUCUUUCUUUCAAUAUAUUUUCUCCUACAUUUAUAUCUGUAAAGUUUAUCAAAUCCAUUUUUUUUAACAAAAAUGAUCAAGCUUUUAUGAAAAUUACCUUAUUAUUCAUUAAGUUACUGUUUUCGUGCAGAAAUAGCCUGUUGGCUUUUUUAUUUUUUUUUAAGUUUUUAAUAAUCUUGUUUUCAGUAUCAGUCAUAUAGUAUUUUCAAUAUCUAUUUGAAAUUGCAAUUUGUUUUAGUAAAUUUUUAUAUCAAUAUACUAGGUUAGUAACUUACUAAGUCAAAUGGUUCUGUUUGGACACUAAAGAUUUUGUACUUUGUGAAUUUUGUACACUGGUUGCGUUGUUUUGAUUGAAUAUCCCAAUUAUUUUAAAAUUUUGAGACAAACAUCGGCCUUUUGAAAAUAUUUUUGUUGGUCAUUUUUCAUCUUUCUCAUUUGAUGUUUACUAUCAUUGACAGUUGAAAAUACUGUGAUGAUUCCUCGGUGUUGUGAUAUCCUAUCCAAUAGCAACAAGCUUCAUAAACUUAUCAGAAAAACACAGUGAAUAACAAAAUUAAUUUUGAAAUGUACGUUAUACAUUAAUGGAACAUAGGAAUAUCACUGUAAAAUAAUUAACAAAGUGUCCAACGUAUUCCCACUUUGCUUUUAGAGUAAAUUACUUGUCUUUAGUUUCAUUAGCAUUGAAUUAUAUUCUAAUUAAAAAAAGAGAUGUGAGGAGUGUAAGUCAAUCAAAAAUGAUGAAUUGAAAAUAUUAUUAAUUAAGAUAGAACAUGUCACAAAUAAUUUAAGUUUAAUUUUAACUAACAGUACUUACAAUAUCCAGCAUAUAACAAAUUAUAUUUAAAUUAAUCAUUUGAAGCAAAGCGAGUCAGAACACAUCCACACUUACAUAUUUCCACUGAAAUCUGGUAAAAUGGAGUGUGAAUCUAUUGGAACAGUUUAGUUUAUUAUAAUUUAUUACAAUCUUUACUAGAGAUUGAAAGUGAGUUAGUUGAAGAUUUUACAAUGGUAUUCUGAUGUUUCAUGGUGUCUUUCAAUACUAAAUACACUUUUCAGUUUCUCAUAUUAUAUGAAAUAAGUCUACAAACUUAGGACAAUUAGGACAAAAGUUUUGUCUACCUUUCUAUUUAUAAAAUUUGGUUAUAUUUAUUAUGAUUAAAAAAUUUUUAUACAUCGUUUUAUUGUUUCUUUUUAACUUUAUACCUAUUAGUAAGUUUUAUUAUGUGAAAUAACUGUGGUUCUUAAUUUUUUUCAAACCUAAUACUACCAAUUAUUUUAAAAUGAUAAUGCAGGUUACCUAAUUGGUUGUUUAAAGCAAACAAAUCGAGUCUUCUUUAUCAAAUUUUUGCAUAUCUAUUUGUAAUAUGUACAGAUAUUGUAACCUUAAAAUUUUUAAACCAAUAUGUUUGAAGACUUAUUCACAACGUGCAUUAUGCAAUAAAAAGAUUAUUUAAAAUUCUAUGUUGCUUUUCUUUAAUGCUCCAAAUGUUCUUGCUUUUCUUAUUCAUUAGUAUAGUUUGUUUUUUCUUUUGACAUUGUUUCUUUUAUUGAGAUAUGCUGAUUUCUCUGACAGGAGAGAAUUACUUUAGAUUAAUUUAAAGGUUACAAUAUAUUAUAUAUAUACAGUAUUGGAAAUAGUUAGCUGAACAUGGGUAGAUCAUGAAGUAUCGAACCAACUUUGUUCCAAUCCAUCUAUAUAUUCCAAUCGAACACCUUUAUAAAUUAUAAAAAAACUCUGUACUCGAUUAGUUAUUAAUCAAACUGUACAAAGAUGAGAUCGGGGAGGCAUAAAUCUUAUUCACAAAAAUGAGGUUGGUAAGAGACUUCACAUUAUUGAACCUGUAUUUUGUAAAAUAUUUUCUAAUACUGUAUGCUAUAUAUGCAAGAAAUUAUUUCCAGAACCAUACUUUUUAAGGUGUUAACUUUGUGAUAUACUAAUGUAAAUAUGUAUAGAAUUGAGCUUUAUAAAAUAAAAACUUAUUUUUAAAUAAUCCUACAUGUUUAAAUGUUCAUAGAGACAUUAAAAAUUAUUUUUUUACAUCACAUUGUUGAUUGUUCCAAAGUUUAUUGGUAAAAAAUCAGAUAUCAGAUUAGUAAGAAAAGUGAUCACAUAUUUUAUUAUAAAUUUAGGGAUGUUGUUAGGUUUAUUCAACCAUCACUUUGAAUAUAUGAGUGUUAAGUAUAUACUUUUAUCAAUAUCUUCCAAAUAAUAUUUCCAAAUAUCAAUUUUUUUUACUUACGUAAUACUGGAAUUAAUUCAAUUGAUUUUAUCCAGAUCCAUGUUAAGAGUGGAAUUUAGAAGUAGAUAUAUAUUUUGAAAACCCUGUUUUUUAGGAAUAGGUAAACAAAUAUAUCUCUGAAAUCAUAAUUCUUGAUAUGGUUGAAAGUAAUUUUAUAUAAUUGUGAAUGAAAAUGCUUUAAGAGAAAAGAAGUUAUAUUUCUAACACUAUUUAUAUUGAAAAUUAGUUUGUCAGCUAUCCUACACACUUGACAAUUGAAUAGUCCAGAAUCUUUCAUUUCAAUUUAUUAACUUAUGAUUCUUAAUUGAGAAAAAAUCUCAUUAAAGGUGCUUAAAACAUGAAGAGGUACAUUUUAGCUCCAUCUUCAUGUACUCAAAAAUAAUGAAUAUACAAAUAAGUUUGUGAUAUAUAAAAUGCACUUACUUAAAAUUUACUGAUUCUAUAAUACCAUUGCUUCCUUGUUUUAAUUAUAAACACAUAUAUUAUGCCUUCUUUCUAAGAGGGCAAUUCGGAAAGUAACCUCCAAACCGCUGUUAAAAACAAACAUGCACAGAGAAAAAAUAAUUUAUUCACAUAUCACAGGUACUCGUACAACUCUCCUCUAUUUGUCAACUUAGUUAGCCAGCAUAAUUCAACUUGUCCUAAAGUUUAACCAAUCUACUUCUGCAUAAAAAACGACAGCCUGAGAUGUCAACCAAUAUGUUAUGACAUUUUUCCUCUUCAUCCUAAAUGCUCUUUCUGAAGCCAUUUCUUCAUUGCAGUGAACAAAUGAUAAUCAGAAGGAACCAAGUCCGGUUUGUAGAAAGAAGAUUUAAACACAUUCUAUUUAAAUUUACAUAAAACUUAUCAUGUUCUUAUUGCAGUGUGAGGUAGUGCAUUAACAUGUAACCUCAGAAUACUGUCCCACUUUUAUUCUGGAUGGCUUUUGUCAGUUUUUUCUUAGAAGGUAAUUAUCAGCUUGCUCGCUGAAAAGUAUGAUGGACUUUUUUGUCUCUGUAUUGACGUGCACUUCACAAGUUUUGUUACCGAACAUAAUCCGAUCAAAGGUUCUCUUCAUGACUGUGGUAUUAAGAAAAAUUCUAAGAAAGUGUCAUAUACACUAGCUUUGCAAAUCAAUGUUAGCCUUUUCAGUACCCUCCUUACAUAUAACUUUCAAUCGCCCAAUUUUUCUGCGUUGAUGUAUAAAACUGCCCGAGAUAUGUUUGAAACUUGUUCUCAAAGUUGAGACUUACUACAGGUCUUCCACUGUGAUUUGUCGUGAAUGUUUGCACUAGACCAUCACUGAUAUAGUAUUUUGACACAAGUACAUCGUACCACUUUUUAUACGUCGCAAUUAGCGGAAUUUUCUAUGUCAGUGCACAUUUUGUCGCUUUACAAGUAGCAACCGCCUCAAGAUAUAUAUAUAUAUAUAUAUAUAUAUAUAUAUAUAUAUAUAUAUAUAUAUAUAUAUAUAUAUAUAUAUAUAGAUAUAUAUAUAUAUAUAUCUACUAGAAGCUUAUUGAAUCGGAUUUAAUGUGUAUUUGAUUGAUCGAAGACGAUCUAACCUUCUAACCUUACUUUUAGCGCCACGCCUCAAACGCCUGCUAGUUUUCGAAUUGCCCUCCUACAUAAAGUAUUUAUAUUGACAACGAAACGAGCUUACACUAUUUUAGAAUGAACUUAUUUUGGUUAAUUGUCUUUUGUAAAUAGCUUAUUGUAUUGUUGUUAGGUCAUUCAGUUACAAAAUUAUUUUAAAAUAAACAUUAUAUGUCAAAACAAAAAUAUAUAAUAUUUUUUAGAAAGUUGUAAAAAUCAAGAUUAUUCACAAACUAUUUUGAAAUUAAAUUUCUCGCUAAUUUGAAAGUAUUUGGGUUCUACUGUUUUUUUUAAUAUUAUUCUUCAUGGCUUUUAUUGUCAAUUUCGUUGACAUGGUCAAUAAAUUUUACCUUAUUCAGAUUAUUUGAAUUAUCUCACUAGCAGUCCUUCUUCCUUUUCAGGGAGGUAUAUCAAUAAGUACAAAUUCACUGGAUAAAAUUACUUUUUGGAAAGUGCGAAUUUUCCAUAUGAAUUAGUCAUAUAUUGGCAAGUAUUGAAUAAUACUAUUAUUUAUUAGAAUCUCUUUAUUUCAUAAUUUUACAGUAGUUUUAGAAUCAUUUCAGACUACCGAACUUUGUUUUAGUCGAGUUUGUUUAUUUGAUUAGAUUCUUACCAUCUGUAAUGUUAAUAUUGUAACUGAAAGACUGAUUUGUUUUAGUUGAAAACGCUCCCGAUAAAGGUUGUGAAAUGUUAGAAAAGUUAUUAAUCAUUUAGAUAGAUGCAGGUAUGCUUAGUUGGCAAGAGAUUCUUAUUGAGACAAUAACAAAUUAAUUUAAUUGACAAAAAUUAUAUUUAUUAUAAUUUUUCUUGAAAAAUGAAAUUUCAUAUGAAAUAUUAGUUUAUUUCAUUGAAUUUAUAUAACAAAAGCAAAAUGAUGAAUGAGUAAAUUAAGUGAGAUCAGUGUAAUUUUAUUUGAAGGGUUGCUUCCUAUACAGUAAGAUAUAUGUAUACAAUAGGCUUGUAGUGAUGUAAUACGAAAAUGUGAGAUAAUAAGCAGUUAAAGAGAAUUUUGAAAACUAAAAUGUAUCGUUUACAUGCAUCAAAACUUUUAAUACUGUUUGAGGUUCUGGAACUGAUUUUUUUAAAACUUUUGAUAAAUACGGAAAUUAUAAACACAAAGUAUAUUAUAAAACUAAUAGAUUUUAUGUGUCUUGAAAAUAAUAUUGGCAAAUGUUGAGCCUUGAAUAAAAAAGCAUUUAGUUUUCCAAAUUGAUUGCCAAAAUUUGGAAGGAGGCACAGUACAAGACUAAUUAAUAUAUCAUGUAAAUUGUCUGUAUAAAAUAUUGAUGUAUGAAUUCUGAGCUAGUUACUUUGUCUCAUAAUAUUUAUGAGAUGUCGAAAAACUAAUUUAAACUAUUUUUUGCCUAAUGUUAAAAAAAUGGUGAAAUAUCACAUUCCAAAGUAAUACAUUUUAUAUUCAUUUUACUUUUACUAUAUUUAAUGUUCUGAAGGACUAUAUUUACAAUGUUUUUUCGAAAAACUAUAUUUACAAGCGAUUUUGGCAUUUAUUUGAUGCUUCUUCCAAAUAUUUUGCAGAAUUAUAUAUUAUAAUUAUUUCAACGAUUUCUAGCAGAUUUUUCACAUUUUAUUUAUAAUAAACAAUAUUUAGUCUUGUUUAUGAAUGAUAACGGCCUGAUCUAUUUGCCUUGAAAAUAAGUUUAUUUUUUGUGUUCAACGUGGGUCUUGUACAUAGUAUCUUCUAUGAUAAGAAAAUAACAUUUAAAAUGUGAACCUUUGUCCGCAUUUUAAAAAUGUUAUCCCCACUGAAAGAUUUGUUUGCAAAAACUUCCAUAGAGUGUCCUCGCAAGGCUUUGGUGCGAGUCCCAUUGUGCUCUGUAUUUUCUAAAUUUACCACUAAUUUAUUUUUGAGUAUUUGUAUGCCCUUGUUACACGCAUGGGGCCCAGAGCUUAUAUUAUCUUGAGAAAAAUAUAGAUAUAUUUAUAUAUUAAAUACGUACACUUAUUUAAGCUGUGUGAUUGAAAGGUUGUAAAUAUAAUUUAUGUGGAUCAAAAGUGAUUGUAGAAAUAAAUCACCGUCAUAUUAUAA